AUGAAGCUACCCGACCAGUCCCGGGCUCAGCUUCUGGCACAGCUGCGCGCACAGCGACGCGAGCGAUGUGCUGAGCUGCGACGAGGCCCCAUGGCAGAGUUUGUGCUGCGCCAGGAGGAGCGCCGCGACACGCAGCGGAUGGAGCAGCAGGCGCAAACCGCGCAUCCGCAGCAGCAGAUCGACCUGGACAGGCUGCUGGAGCAGUACGACACAGAGCGCGAAUACGACGCCGACUCCGAGGAGGACGCGGGGGAGCACCCGCAGGGCCGAAAUACUGCACUGGAGCGCGAGCUGGAGCUCAUGUUGGCUCUGGAGCAGCAGGAGCUCGAGGAGCUCACGAGGAAUAUGAACAUAGACGACGACCGCAAAAACUAG